GACUUGGCCAUUUUUCUUUUGUCUCCUAACCUUAAAAUGAUGGCACCAUACUAUAAUUUUGAAUGUUCAAGCUUUCAGUAACUAUUUUCAUGGUUAUUAACGUCUUAGUUGUGCUGUCCUGAGCUGACUAGAAGCUGAAUCCAGGUAUCUUAUUUUGAUGGGUUCAUGAGGUGGCGGAAUGAUGGUAGCGCGUACCCUGACAAGUCCCAUUCUGAACAUACCCAAACACGAGUUUGUUUUUAACCGUGUGUUCCUUUUUAACUGUUGCUUGCGUUGAUUCUUUACGUGGAUCAUUUGAUUCAGUUGUUCGAUUUGAGUUAGGGAACAUUAUUCACUCAAUUGCCUUCUAGCUGAAUUUUGGACUGUGUACUGAGGGAUUGGGGAUGGUGAACCGUGGAGAAGGCAAUUUGGGGCCUUCUGAUUGAAAAUAGAUUUGUAGGCUGUGGGUGCUGUGGUUGCUGGAGAUAGAACUUUUACCAUUUAGAUUAAUAGCAGGGUAGAACACUUGAGGAGAAAAUGCUGGAAUAAUGGUCGGUUUUGCAACUUUAGAAGGAUGAUAAGAAGGCUCGGAAUUGACAGAGCAAUUGAAGUUGAAAUAUCACUUUUAUCCUCUUGGGUACUCAAAGAUGACAUGUCUCCUUUCUCUUGACUUUUGAGAAACCCAUUCGGAGGGGUGUUGUCGGUCACACACUUAUGGUGGAAGAGCUAGGUCGCCGAAAGGUUAACAGUGGGGAUCUUUACGUUCUAAGAUUUUACAACCGGUUGGAUGAGACAAGAAAGGGAGAAAUUGCUUGUGCUAACGCUGGUGAGGCCCGAAAAUGGAUGGAAGCAUUUGAUCAUGCAAAGCAACAGGCGGAGUAUGAGCUUUCAAGAGGUGCUAGCACAAGAAGCAAGUUGAACGUGGAGAACGAGAUCAAUCUUGAAGGGCGUCGGCCUAGGGUAAGGCGGUAUGCACAUGGCUUGAAAAAGCUUAUAAGAAUAGGACAAGGUCCUGAGAUGCUAUUACGCCAAUCAUCAAGCUUGGAUGGGAGAGGCAGAGCAGAUGCAUUCUUUGAUGCACAUGGUGGAGAUGCAGUUGAAGCACAUGAAUGGAAAUGUGUCCGGACAAUCAAUGGUGUUAGAAUAUUUGAAGAUGUAGCUAGCUCUGAGAGUGGUAAGGGCAUUGUUGUCAAGGCUGUAGGUGUUGUUGAAGCCAGUGCUGACACUGUCUUCGAUGUGGUUUUGAGUCUUGAUCGCCACCAGAGAUAUGAGUGGGAUACAUUGACAGGUGACUUGGAGUUGGUUGAUUCUGAAAAUGGACACUAUGACGUCGUGUAUGGAGUUUUUGAUCCCAAUUAUUUGACUUGGUGGCGGUCCAAGAGAGAUUUUGUUUUCUCUAGGCAGUGGUUUCGUGGACAGGAUGGAACAUAUACAAUCUUGCAGUUUCCUGCCGUGCACAAGAAACGGCCACCAAAAUCUGGAUAUCGACGCACCAAAAUUAAUCCUUCUUCAUGGGAGAUAAAAAACUUAAAUACAUCCUCAUCAUCAAAGGUGGCCCAAUGCCUUGUGACGCAAACGCUAGAGAUAAACACCAAAGGCUGGUUUAAAUGGAAGAAGGAUUACAGCCCUAAGUUCGAAAAAACUAUUCCAUUUGCACUGCUGAGUCAAGUGUCAGGUUUGAAGGAAUAUGUUGGAGCUAAUCCUGCACUUACAGCUGAAUCUCCCACAACUGUUAUCCAUUCUAAGAUUUCCGAUGUUUUAGCAUCCAAUGGUGAAUUGGAAGUGGCAGAAGCACCAGAUGAAUUCUAUGAUGCAAUUGCUGGUGAUUCAUCUUCAGAAGAUGAUAACAGCGAUGAUGACUCAGAAAAAGUCAAUAAGAAUAGAAAAUUCAAAUUGAAAAAUGUUUCAUGGGCCAUAGCAAGCCUGGCAUUGCAGAGAAUGUCAGCACCAGAUGCUAACAAGGAGUUAAACCCAGAUGUCACUCCAAUCAAUCUUGACGCAUUUCAGUUCCAUGGUUCCAUGCAACGAGGGGGGGAUGAGGCUGAUACUAGCUGCUGGACUUCUCCUAGUGGCACAGGAUUCAUGAUCAGAGGCAAGACAUACUUGAAAGACAGCAUAAAGGUAAAAGGGGGUGAGCCACUUCUGAAGCUCAUAGCUGUGGACUGGUUUAAUGUAGAUAACCGUGUUGACAACAUUGCACUGCAUCCUAAAUGCCUUGUUCAGUCUGAAGCAGGGAAGAAAGUUCCGUUCAUCCUUGUUAUAAAUCUUCAGGUUCCUGCCAAACCAAACUACAGCAUGGUUCUUUAUUAUGCUGCUGACAGACCUGUAAAUAAAAAUUCUUUGUUGGGUAAAUUUGUGGAGGGGACUGACAUGUUCCGGGAUUCAAGAUUCAAACUGAUUCCAAGCAUUGUUGAGGGAUAUUGGAUGGUCAAACGUGCCGUUGGAACUAAAGCUUGCCUGCUUGGGAAAGCAGUAACGUGCAAAUACCUUAGACAAGACAAUUUUCUGGAGAUUGAUGUGGACAUUGGCUCAUCAUCUGUGGCAAGGAGUGUGAUUGGUCUUGUCCUUGGAUAUGUCACCAGCAUUGUCGUUGAUCUUGCAAUAUUGAUAGAGGCAAAAGAAGAGGCAGAACUACCCGAGUAUAUUCUAGGAACUGUUAGACUAAAUCGCGUUAGGCUUGAUUCUGCUGUACGAUUGGAGAAUUGAGGUUUUUGAUAAGUAAGAGCAUUUUUACUACUUAUUGGAAAAAAAAAAAUUUUUUUGACCAUUCUAUUCUAUGUGGUUGAGCUGUUAUUCUCCCUGUAUUGAUUCUGAUAUUUUACAAAAAUCAUGCGGAACCGGGAUGGUUUACUAGAUAUCCUUCAAAUUGUAGUUUUGUGCUGAGGAAAA